AUGAGCAUCGCUCCCGCACCCCGGGGUCGUGCACGGGAAAGACGCAGAGCCCGCCCGGGCCGCGGCGGAGCCCGUCGGUCGGGGCUCGGAGAGGGGCAGGGCAGAGCGGCGGCAGGUGCUCCGGACUCUUCCUCCGCCCCGCUGCUCGACAAGGACUCGCUGCAGCUACCCGAAGGGCUGUCGGUGCUGCGGGUGGCAUACGGGGAUGUGUCUCACCUCGGAGUGUUCUGCACGGACCCCAUCCCCAAAGGAGUCCGCUUCGGCCCUUUUCAAGGCAAAGUGGUCAACACCAGCGAGAUCAAGACUUACGACGACAACUCGCUGAUGUGGGAGAUCUUUGAAUACGGUCGCCUGAGCCACUUCAUAGACGGGAAAGGCGCCUCUGGCAACUGGAUGUCGCUGGUGAACUGCGCCAGGUUCCCCGAGGAGCAGAAUUUGACGGCUAUCCAGUGCCAGGGGCAAAUCUUCUACGAGAGCUGCAAGGAAAUCUUGCCCAAGCAGGAGUUGCUAGUGUGGUACGGCGACUGCUACGUGCAGUUCCUGGGCAUCCCCAUCAGCCUGAAGGGCAUGCCGGAGGGGAAGAGACCCCCGCAGAACCCCGAAGAAGCCGGGGAGAGCUUUAAAUGCGAGCGCUGCGGCAAGGUUUUUGCCUACAAGUACUACCGGGACAAGCACCUCAAGUACACUCGCUGCGUGGACCAGGGGGACCGCAAAUUUCCUUGUCACCUUUGUAACCGAUCCUUUGAAAAAAGAGACAGGCUGAGGAUCCAUAUUCUCCACGUUCACGAAAAGCACAGACCUCACAAGUGCUCGGUGUGUGGGAAGAGCUUUUCUCAGUCUUCCAGCUUGAACAAACACAUGAGGGUUCACUCUGGGGAGCGCCCCUACAAAUGUGUCUACUGCAACAAGGCAUUCACAGCAUCCAGCAUCCUGCGCACUCACAUCCGCCAGCACUCGGGGGAGAAGCCCUUCAAGUGCAAACACUGCGGCAAAGCCUUCGCCUCCCAUGCCGCCCACGACAGCCACGUGCGCCGCACGCACAGCAAGGAGAAGGGCUGCACGUGCUCGGUGUGCGGCCAGCACUUCCCAGAGCAGGAGGAUUACCACUUCCACAUGAAGACUCACUCUGCUCAUUAG